AUGGCGGCCAUAGGAGCGUUAGACGUCGCACGACCGAGAGAAAGGAGGCUGUUUCGACAAAGAAAGGGGUUCAGUGAUCUUAGAGACGCUGAAAUAUUGUGUCGCUAUCGAUUAGAUCGACAAUCCAUUUAUCGGCUUGUCGAUUUGUUAAGGUACGAUCUACAAAAACCGACGAGAAGAUCGAAGUCCAUACCUGUCCUAACGCAGGUGCUUGUGAGUCUAGGGUACUUGGCGAAAGGUGAUUUUCUGUCUGAGGUUGCUGACCUUCAUGGAAUUAGCAGGUCCAGUGCAUGCAAUAUUAUUGCAGCCUUUGUUGAUGCUGUCAAUUUAAGAAUUGAUAAUGUAAAGUUUCCAAUUGGAAUGGCACUUGCUUCUGUCAAACAAGGAUUUAAAAAAAAAUGUGGCAUUCCAAAUACAAUUGGUGCAAUUGAUGGAACACUUAUUCCAAUAAUUGCCCCAGCAGCAAAUGAAGCCAUUUAUGUGUGUCGUAAAGGCUUCCAUGCCAUUAACGUCCAAUCAGUUGUGGACCACAAAGCCAGGUUCAUUGACAUUGUGUCGAAAUGGCCUGGGUCUACGCAUGAUGCCUCUGCCUUUGACAGCUGUGGGUUGAAGACCUUUCUGGAAGAACACCACCAAGGGCACUUGCUGGGCGACUCGGGCUAUCCCUUGAAAAAAUAUAUGUUGACGCCAUUACUUAGACCUACAACAGAUGCAGAGUUACGAUACAACAAUGCCCAAUCAAGUGGGCGGAUGGUGGUGGAGAGGGCUUUUGGAGUUCUCAAGAGUAGAUUUAGAUGUCUACAUAAAAUUGGAGGAUGCUUAUACAUGCGGCCAGACAAAUGCUGCCAAGUAGUUGCAGCAUGUAUGCGUCUUCACAACUUGUGUGUCGAUCGGCAAGUGCCACUGCCUGAAGAACCUAUUGAGGAGGCUGAUGAUGUUGAUCACGCUGCCCCACAAGUUCAACAUGACCGUCAUGCAGCAGCAUACAGACAUCAAAUUAUUCACUUAUUUAUGUAGCUGCUGUUCAAAGUUCACAUGCUUAUUUGGUCUUUGUCGGCCCAGGUACUACUAAAAAGUACCCCUGGUACUCAUGUGUAUACUAAUAUGUAGCCCAGAUAUGGAAAAUACGCUUAAAGGCACCCCACCAUGUUCAGGGGUACUUUUUAGUAUGUUUUCUGGACCUGGGGUAUUUUGUUGUAUACUUAAGAGUACCCAGGGUACUUUAAAGUAGUACCUGAGCCGACAAUCACCAAUCAACCUCACAUGUACAUUAAGUACUCUAUGUAAGCCAUUGUGCUCUAUCCAUGUGGGGCUUCAUGCAUAUAACUAUUUGUUGAUAAAAGUCAGGUCAUAUUUCUGUGAACAAUAUUUAAGCUAUGUUCAAAUUUGGUGAAAAGCUUUGCAAGAAUGUUAUUAUUGAAAAUUUCUAUGUCUUUUUUUUGUAGUUUUUUAUAAGACACAAUUUUUAUGUCCCCCACCACUAUAGUGGGGGGCAUAUUAGUUUUGCCCUGUCUGUUGGUAUGUGUGUUUGUUUGCGUCAAACUUUAACAUUUGCCAUAACUUUUGCAAUAUUGAAGAUAGCAACUUCCUAUUUUGCAUGCAUGUGUAUCUCAUGGAGCUGCACAUUUUGAGUGGUGAUAGGUCAAGGUCAUCCUUCAAGGUCAAAUGUCAAAUAUAUGGGGACAUAGUGUUUCACAAACCCAUCUUGUGACAUUUAGUUUUUCCAAUGCUUGUGAUGUUUUCAUGUUUCCUUCAUAUUAUCACAAAGUGGAAAUAAAUUCUAUUCCUUUAAUACUUAGCUAAUAAACAUAACAGUACA